AUGACAGAAGAUAUUAGAUCACGUAUUACAAUGUUGUUGGACAAUUCAAAUAAAAUUGUGAAAUUACUAACUAACACGAAGAAGUGCGCUCGAGCUAAGAUUACAAGAGGAUAUUUGGAUGCACGUUUAGAGAUGCUAUGUGAGUACUGGUCAUCAUAUAAUAAACAAUAUGAGUACAUUACAACUACAUAUUCAGAGUCGGAUGUUAAGCCAUAUAACCUCGAUCUAGAGGAAAAUUAUAAUUCUACUGAAGAGGCUUACUUAGAUCUCAAGACCUGGAUAAAAGAUUGGUUAUAUGAACAUGAAACAAAAUCAAUUCAAACUGAUGAUAAUAACACCAUCACCAUCGCAUCAUCUUCACACUCGAGACCACAUCUUCCUCCGAUACCCCUUCCAGUAUUUUCUGGUGAUUAUAAUGAUUGGAUUAGCUACCGAGAUUUAUAUAUUUCAUUGAUACAUAACAAUAACAGUUUGUCUAAAAUUGAAAAGCAUCAUUACCUAAAGUCUAGUUUAACUGGGGAAGCAGCAGAAUUAUUAAAGAAUUUCACACUUACCGAAUCUAAUUAUCUCGAUGCAUGGAAAAAGCUGGAAGAAAGGUAUGACAAUAAAAGGAUUAUUGUCAACAACAUACUGAAUCGCUUAUUAAGUCAAAAGAAGUUAGCUGGCGAAUCAACUAAAGGUCUCAAAGAAUUAUUAGACACUACUAGUCAAUGUCUUGACUCGUUGAAAAAUCUCAACAUAUGUAUUUCUAACUGGGAUGCUAUUUUAGUAUAUGUCAUUGUCGGAAAGUUAGACUCCGAAUCACAUAAACUUUGGGAGCAGUCUCUUGGUAAUUCUAUUGAGAUUCCUACUUAUGCCGAUUUAGCUUCUUUCUUGGAGAAUAGAUUCAGAACACUAGAAAUGAUUAGUUCAACUCAAGUUAAAGAAUUGUCAAAGAAGAUAUACACACCACAAAAAUUUACAUCUGUCAAAACUUACGUUACUGAAGUAAAUAGUACUUGCACAUAUUGUUCACAGAACCAUUACAUUUGUCAUUGUAAGAAAUUUGCUACACUUACCGUAUCAGAACGUCAACAUUUUAUAAAAACGAACAACAUCUGCUUCAACUGUUUGAUUAAGAGUCAUUCUGUGAAACAAUGUCGGCAAAGCACAACCUGUAAGAAAUGCGGACGACGUCAUCACACUUUGCUGCAUUUAACAACUCUUAACAAACCAGAGAUUAUAACUGAGAGAAAUGAGUCAGUACAGAGUCCCUCUACGUCUUGUCAUACUGCUAACACGAAACCUGAAACAAAUAAUAAACAAGUUAUUUUACCUACAGCUCAAAUUAAAGUAAAGGCAAAGAAUGGCUCUACUUACGUUCUCAGGGCACUUGUAGACCAGGGCUCUCAGGCUUCUUUUGUUACUGAAGCAGCUGUACAACUGUUGAAUCUUGAUCGCACACCUGUAAUUGGUAAAGUCACUGGAAUAUCCAACUCACAAGAAGUUACUACUAACUCUAUGGUAACACUCACAAUUCAUUGUAAAAACCCAUCACUUUCACGUAUUGAAGUUAACGCUUAUAUACUCAGAAAACUGACUUCAUUAUUACCGUCUCGAGAAUUUCCACAAGGUACUUGGCCUUCAUCAAUGCAAUUAGAUCUAGCUGAUCCUGAUUUUCACAAGCCGAGUCCUAUAGAUGUUUUAUUGGGUGCCGACGUGCAUGCUCACAUAAUUCUCGAUGGAAUGCACAAACACAACACUCUCGUUGCUCUUAACUCUCGCCUGGGUUGGUUGCUGUCUGGAAGCGUUUCACAAACUGAUACACAAGAACACAAUGUGACUGUAGCUCAUACUAAAUUGGAGGUGAAUCAGUUACUUAGGCAGUUUUGGGAGAUCGAAGAGCACGUUCCUCACAAAAAGCCUAUGUCUACAUCAGAAUUACAAUGCGAGGAACACUAUAAGGAUACUUACACACGUAACGAUGAUGGUCGAUACAUAAAUUGCUUGCCAUUUAAAGAGUUUCUUUCCACAAGUCUUGGUAAUUCACAAACCUUGGCUAUUAAUCGUCUGCAACAGAUGGAGAAGAGAUUUUUACACAAACCUGAAUUUAGAAGUCAAUAUAGUAACUUUAUGGAUGAAUACCUGUCACAUGAACAUAUGGAGAUGAUUCCUGAAAAUGAACUUAAUACUAAUAAAAAUAUAUACUACUUACCUCACCAUGCUGUCCUUAGGCCGUUGAGCUUGAGUACAAAGUUGCGCGUAGUCUUCGAUGGUAGUGCUGAACCUGCAAAUGAAAAAUCAAUAAACGAUGAAUUGUUUAUCGGUCCUCAUCUCCUUCAAAAUAUUCGAUACUUCAUUACAAGAUGGAAACAACACAAAAUAUGUUUAUUUGUAGAUAUACAGAAGUCGAUACAUCGACAGAUACUUGUAUCUAAAAAAGAUAUAGAUCUUCAAAGAGUCGUAUGGCGUGAAUCUCUCAAUGUUCCUAAUGAAGAGGACAGAUUACUUACAGUAACCUGCGUUUGGUCUUGUGUUCCUUUCUUAGCCAUCCGUACACUGCACCAACUUGCUGAAGAUGAAUGUGGUGAGUUUUCUAAAGAAUUUGAAAUUGUAAAGGAAGACUUCUACAUGGACGAUUUGUUAACAGCACCUUCUAUUAUUGUUCUUAAAAUAUUCAUGCAGAAAUUAUGGCUAGCUGCAUUGGAUUGGGAUGAGGAGCUAUCACUAGAAGUAAAAACUGAAUGGUUCACUUACCUAGAUAAAUGUUCUCACAUGCAAAUCAUUCCCUUUCCAAGAUGGCUCAGCAUUUUUAAUACUACUACUAGAGUAGAAUUACAUGGCUUCAACGAUGCAUCUUGUGCUGCUUAUGCUGCUGUUGUCUACAUCAGAGUUUGGAAUGCCAAAGAUGUUAAUGUUCAUUUAGUUUUCGCGAAAACACGUGUAGCUUCAGUAAAACAAGUUACAUUGCCACGACUUGUGGUGCUAUUUAUACUAGCCAAGAUGUUGAGCAGCCUUAAAACUGUUUUGAGAAUACAAAAUAAUUGUGUGUUCACUUGGACUGAUUCUACUAUAGUUUUAACGUGGUUACGUAAAACACCUGGUACUUGGACAACAUUUGUUGCUAAUCGAACAGCAGAAAUUUUAACUAUCGCAAAUAGUAGUCAAUGUCGUUAUAUUGAUACUUUUAAUAAUCCUGCAAAUUUAAGCUUACGAGGUUUAAAUCCGAAUGAUUUGAGACAGUCAAAACUGUGGUCGAACGGCACUGAUUUUCUAAGUCAACCCGAUGAUAUUGUAAAUAAUGAUAUAGAUAUUCCUGAAAUAGACUUAGAAGUUAAAACAAAAGUUAAA